UAAGAAAAAGAAAAAGUCACAGUCACAGUCACAGAAACACACAGCCCUAUGCAUGCAGUCAGCAGCUUCGUCGUUGUCGUCGUCGUGUCUGUCUGCGUUGACAAGUUGUGCACGGCCUCUCAAUAAGAGGGACCGUUGCGAUCCACCUAAUCUUUUUUUUUUUUUUCCCCUUUCCCCUUAUUUACUUUUUUGUUAUCGUGGUCAGCUGACUGCAUACUCUUCUUUUGUUUUUCUGUGUUUGCAUAACAAAGCGUUUACUCUUGGGUCGUUUCUUUCAAGAUCUUUUAAAGACAAAACAUCUUAGCCAUGCUGACCUGUUUUUCCAAAGAAACCGGCAUUCUACCUGAACAAGCCGUUUGCCUCGGGUUACGACCUUUGAGACAGUAGGGAUGGAUAUCCAGACCUGCGCUGUUCUCUCUGCGCUGGAGACGGUGGCAUGGGUCGGGUUUCAUGAAUAUCGAUCGCUUGCCCUGACGACUCGCAAGGAGCUUGUUGCGGUCUUUUCGGUGUUUUUCUUGGUGCAGUAUUUCUGCGUCAAGAUAUACCGGAUAUUCAUAUACCCUGUCCAUGUCUCUCCCCUGCGACAUCUGCCAACACCAAAGGGGAACCACUUUAUGCUCGGACAGCUUGUCAACCAGUUCCGAGCAUCCUGCCCAAACGAGCUAUAUCUCAAAUGGACGAGUCAAUGGCCUGAUAGUCCGUUCGUGCGGUUUUUCACCAUUGGAAACAGGGAGACCCUUCUGAUCAACGGCAUUGAGGCGCACCGCGAGGUCUUUGCGACGCACUGUUAUGCAUUCAUAAAGCCCGGCUUCUUUGGCCGCUUUGUUGGUGACAUUGCUGGCACCGGACUGCUGUUUACUGAGGGAGAUGAGCACAAGAGACACCGGAAGAUGAUUCUCAAUGUCUUUUCAGUUCCGAACCUGAAGAAAAUGUUUCCCAUAUUUCAGGAGAAGGCCGAAGAGCUUUCGCAACAUCUCGACGCCAGAAUAGCCACCAGUACGGACGGUAGCAUCGAUGUGCAGCACGUUUACUCCAAGGCAACCAUCGACAUAAUCGGCAUCACGGCCCUGGGUCUAGACCUUCGUAAUCUCAAGUCCACCAAACUUCGGAUGGACUUCUUACAGUGUUAUCGUCGCAUGCUUGAGCAGUCCUACCUGGCAGCCCUCAUCUCAUUUAUCAACAUACAUGUUCCCAUCCGCAGACUUCUGUGGUUCGUCCGCGCCAACCGCGACUUUGUCGAAGCAACCCAAGAGGUUCGAACCAUGUUGCGGACCUGCAUCCGCGAACGCAUCCGGGAUGUCGACUUGCGGAAGGGAGCAGAGGUCAAGUUCCAGAGCCGCGACCUUUUGACCUACAUGGUCGAGGAGAGGCUGCUGGCCGAGUGCAAAGAUCCGCUAACGACCGAGGAAAUCCUCGGCCACCUUCUCAACUUUUUGUCCGCCGGCCACGAAACCACGACCGGCGUCAUGACCUGGUCCUCUUAUGUCCUCGCCACCCACCCCGGGAUACAAGACAGGCUGCGUGCAGAGGUCGAGGCGCUGCUCAAGGAGAACCCUCGCCCUAGCUACAGCGACAUCGAGCGGAUGAAGUACAUGCACAACUUUAUGCGUGAGGUACUCCGUCUCUACAGUCCAGCCGUAUCCACCUACCGAGAAGCUGCCCAGGAUAUCACCAUCUGCGGCACCGCCAUCCCCAAGGGAACACACCUCGUGGUCUGCCCGUCAGUCUGCAACAAGUCGAAACGUAUCUGGGGCACAGACGCGGACGAGUUCUUGCCGGAGCGCUGGGACAAGCUCGAGGGCGAGGCGGCCACCCCUUACUCCAUCAUGACCUUCCUCGCCGGGCCCAGGCAGUGCAUCGGGAAACAGUACGCGCUGCAAGAGGUCAAGGUGCUGCUGAUCGAGGUCCUCAGCAAGUUUAGGUUCCUGCCGACAGACGAGCUGGUCAGGAACGACUUCAAUGUCAAGAUUAGCAACCCGGGCGUGGUCUUCCGGCCCAAGGGUGGCUUGUCGCUUCGUGUUGAGCGUUUAUAAGAAAACAUUCCCCCUAGAAAGCUAGAAAGCUAGAAACUGUUUUUUUCUCUUUUUAAAUAGUAGUAUAUAAUUCUCUUCAUCUGUCUAUUCUUGGGCGUUGUCCGGCUCGGGCGGGAGACUGGAACCAGGAUAAGAUACAUAUAGCCAGCAUCAAUGUACAGGUUUACUUGACCAUUUACUCCAC